CCUGCUCUUUCCGUAUAACCGAUUGGUUCCCCGCGCUGUACGUCCUCAGUGUCCAAUCAGAGAAGGCGUUGUUUUGUUGUCGACAUAAACUAGCGGAAGUGUCACAGUACCUGACGAAGAAGCGACGCGAUCUUUGUGAUAAUAAAACGAUGGAGGUGGAUCAGCUGCUGUCUCUGUCGGGUUCAGCCUUGGCUCAGGCCAUCGGUUCACUGCUGGAGACUCCUGGUCUUUAUGUUUUCUCAGACAUACUGGAGCUGCCAAAUGUUCGAGAGCUGGAGACAGGUCCUCAUGCUCCCGUCUAUCAGCUCCUCAAUCUCUUUGCCUACGGAACCUAUUCUGACUACAAAGAAAGGGCGGCCACACUCCCAGAGCUAACACCGUCCCAGAAGAACAAGCUUCGGCACCUGUCAAUCAUCAGCCUGGCCUCCAACCUAAAGUGUCUGCCCUACUCGCUGCUGCUCCAGCAGUUAGAGCUGAAGAACGUGCGCGAGCUGGAGGACUUGCUUAUCGAAGCCGUCUACUGCGACAUCAUCCACGGCAAACUGGAUCAGCGCAACCAACAGGUGGAGGUGGACUUCAGCGUGGGCCGCGACCUCGGUCCUAACGAGCUGCCGAACAUCUCCAACACACUACAGGAGUGGUGUGCCGGAUGCGAGGCGGUGUUGUGUGGAAUUGAGGAGCAAGUCUCUAGAGCUAAUCAGUACAGGGAGAGCCAGCUGAAGGUCAAAGUACAAGUGGAGACUGAGGUGUCCAACCUACAGAAAACCCUGAAGGCCAGCUCUGCUUCACCAUCUUCUGGCCCCUCCCCCGGCGGUGCAGCGUCCAAUCAAGACGCAGAUCAACCGGCUGAGCCGCGAGACCCCGCAUCUUCUCAGGAAUCACGACAACCAGGGAAAAAGAGUUCAAAGGUCAAAGGGCUUCGUGGGAGCGGAAAGAUCUGGUCAAAGUCGAACUGAGCCCAAAGGCACGUAAAGAGGUGCAGAUCCGCUGACUCGAUGAACAGAUCUGAGACGAACAGAGACACUUUGACAGACUUUGGAUCCACACUGGCAGAAGAACUAGUGAGCAGAUUGCAGCUUCUUCACAACACUGCUGUCCAGGCGUCAUAUAACCACAGACUUUACAGAUACAAAACUCGGAUUAAAGACUUUGUGUGUGUGCGUGUGAGAGAGAGAGGUAUAGAGUGAAUAAGAAUGAACUGUGCAUAAAAGUAUGCUUGUAAAUGUUUUAAAUCGAUAUUUGUUUUCUUUCCGAGUGUUUUGAGUUGCAUCGUUCCAUAAUGUGGAUGCAUGAUGAUGAUGAUGAUGAUGAUAAAGGAAUAAACAUUUUCCCUCUGUCACUAA